AUGGAAUUUGCACAGUACAUAAGCAAGAGAGUUCAAAUCUUUGACAGAAUCAAAGCACAGCAAGAGAAGAAAGAAAGCGAGAAAAUAAAAAUAAAAACAGUCCACGGAGAAUACUCUGGAAUGUCUUAUGAAACAACGCCUUUUAUUGUAUCAAAAGAGCUAAACCCAAACCACAAGGAGUUAUUAGUUGCUAGAGUAAAUCAAGAACUGUUUGACGUGCACCGGCCGCUAGAGAAGGACUCUGUUGUAGAGUUUCUGACAUUUGCAGAUGAAGAUGGAAAGAAAGUGUUCUGGCACUCAUCUGCACAUAUUUUAGGUGAGGCAUGCGAGAAUACGUUCUCCUGCCACUUAUGCCUGGGCCCUCCCACUGAGUCUGGGUUCUUCUAUGAAAUGGAUAUGGACCGAGCAGUCACUCCGGAAGACUACAAGCCAUUGAAAAAAGAAAUGAAAAAGAUCCUUAAGGAAAACCAGCGGUUUGAAAGGCUUGUUAUGACAAAGAGUGAGUUACUGGAGAUGUUCGCUGAUAAUCCUUUGAAGGUGGAGCUAAUCCAGGAUAAAGUACAGGACAAGAGUACAGUAUACCGAUGCGGACCAUUGAUUGAUUUCUGUCUAGGGCCACACAUCCCCAGCACAGGGCUAGUUAAGGCAAUAGAAGUACUGCACAACAGUAGUUCGUUUUUCUUAGGGGACAGUAACAGGCCUGUUCUGCAGAGAAUAUACGGUAUAUCUUUCCCUAGCAAGGAGGAAAUGACACAGCAUCUGGCUUUCCUGGAGGAGGCCAAGAAGAACAACCACAGGAAGAUCGGGUCUGACCUUGAUUUGUUUUUCUUUUCUCCAAUGAGUCCUGGAUCCUGCUUUUUCCUGCCCAAGGGUGCGUUUGUGUAUAACGCCCUGAUGACUUUAAUGAGAGAGCACUACAAAAAGAAGGACUUUAAAGAAGUAAUUACACCGAAUAUUUAUACAAAUGAGCUGUGGAAGACAAGCGGGCACUUAGAGAAGUAUAAGGAGGACAUGUUCUGUUUCCAAGCGGAUAAUACAGAAAUGGCUCUCAAGCCCAUGAACUGUCCAGGGCACUGUCUGUUAUUUAAACAUCUUAGCUGUUCAUACCGUGACUUACCUUUACGUCUGGCAGACUUUGGAGUACUUCACAGAAAUGAAGUUUCUGGUGCACUUACUGGCCUAACCAGAGUAAGAAGGUUCCAGCAGGAUGAUGCCCACAUAUUUUUAUCUCCUGAUAUGGUGGCUCAGGAAAUACAGAUGUGCCUUGACUUCCUUGAGGAGGUAUACAGUCUGCUUGGGUUUGAGUAUUCUGUGUGCCUUAGCACCCGGCCAGAAAAGUAUAUUGGUAGGCCAGAGAUUUGGGACGGUGCAGAAGAACAGCUGAAACAGGCCCUUGAGAGCAGUGGAGUGAACUGGAGUAUCAACCCAGGAGAUGGUGCAUUCUAUGGUCCUAAGAUAGAUAUAUCUGUGCGAGAUGCACUUGGCAGAAAACACCAGUGCGGGACUAUACAGCUAGACUUCCAGCUGCCAGAAAGAUUUAACCUUAAGUUUGCAUCAAACGAGGGAGAUUCAAUUAGACCUGUCAUGAUACACCGUGCUAUAUUGGGAAGUGUGGAGAGAAUGACCGGAAUACUUCUGGAGCACUACAAAGGCCGCCUGCCUCCCUGGCUAAACCCAAACCAAGUAAUGAUUAUUCCCAUCACAAGUGAUGAAGCAGAGUAUGCAAAUGAGGUUAAGCAGGAACUGCAUGCAAUGGAAGUCUCUGUGGACCUAUCUGAGUGCACACUAAACAAGAAAAUACUCAAUGCAGAAAAAGUAAGGUACUCAUAUAUAAUAAUAGUAGGAAAGAAAGAAGCUCAAAGAAAACAAUUAUCUGUUCGUAAUCUAAAAGAUGGAAAGACUGUUGUAUUGCCACUAAGCCAAGCACACCGUAUGAUCAGUGAAACCAUAAGAAGAAGACUUCCCCAGCCAGCAGAUGGGCUUAAGUAUGCCACUAAAGAAACAGGCAGUACUCUGCCAGUACAUCUAUCACAGGCUCUAGUCUGCUUGGAAAAGAUAGUUUCCAGUAUAAAAGAGAAGUUCAUAGAAACAUUCAAGAUUAAGCGAGUAUAACCCAAAGUACAACUAGAAGCAAUAAAUAUCCUGC